CGAUUUGACAAUUUAAAACCGAAGGGAGAAAAAAAUAUUUCGAAGAGAUAUAGGGCGUUUUCCUUCGCGAAAUCUGAAACGCCCUGGCAUAGAUAAGGAUUACAAUGGCGGCGUUUGGAGCUCUUGAUUCGUUUCUCUUGGCUGCAGGGAGAGCUUGUUGUACUCCUCUCGCCGUAUUCAUUCAGAUCCAGGGGUGUUUAAUCUGCAUGACUUUAGCCAUUGGAUGGGCUUUGGCUUCCUGUGUCAGAAACAGAGAGAUCAGACGUAUGAAGGAUGGCAUAAAACGUGGGAAUAACUUUUCAUUUCUUUGUCAAGAUAUCAAUGAACUCGAAUACUCUAAUCAGAUCAACUUGCCAAGAGUGUCGGUUGUGAUGCCUUUGAAGGGUUUUGGAGAACACAACCUACAAAACUGGAGAAGUCAGAUUACAUCCCUUUAUGGUGGUCCUCUGGAAUUCCUUUUUGUGGUGGAAAGUACUGAAGAUCCUGCUUAUCAUGCUGUAUCUCUGUUGAUCUCUGAGUUUAAGGACAACAUUGAUGUAAAGAUUGUCGUGGCUGAUUUGUCAACAACAUGCAGCCAGAAAAUACAUAAUCAGUUAGUUGGGGUGGAGAGGAUGCAUAAAGACAGCAAGUAUGUGUUAUUUCUUGAUGAUGAUGUUAGGUUGCAUCCUGGGUCCAUAGGAGCCCUUACUGCAGAGAUGGAGAAAAAUCCUGAGAUAUUUAUUCAAACUGGAUACCCUCUUGAUUUACCUUCGGGAAGUUUAGGGAGCUAUUGCAUUUAUGAAUAUCAUAUGCCCUGCUCAAUGGGAUUUGCUACUGGUGGAAGAACAUUCUUUUUGUGGGGAGGUUGCAUGAUGAUGCAUGCAGAUGAUUUUAGACGUGAUCUAUAUGGUGUGGUUACUGGACUACGAGAUGGUGGCUACUCUGAUGAUAUGACCCUAGCAGCUAUAGCUGGUGCACAUAAACGGCUUAUUACAUCACCACCAGUUGCUGUAUUCCCUCAUCCCCUUGCCAGUGAUCUUAGUUUCCCCAGAUACUGGAAUUACCUGAGGAAGCAAACAUUUGUUCUGGAAUCAUAUACAACAAAAGUUAACUGGAUAAUGAAUCGGGCACUAUUUUCUUCCCACUGCUAUCUAUCCUGGGGAUUUGUUGCUCCCUACGUCAUGGCAAUGUUUCAUGUUGCAGCAGCACUAACAGCAUACUCAAAGGAGUACCCAAUUGAUGAAACAUCCUUUAGUUUUUGUGGAUUGAUGCUUGUGGGCUGCCUGGCUCUGUGCACUAUUUUAGAACUGCUUUCAAUGUGGAACUUGACUAAGGUGGAAAUUGAACUCUGCAACAUGUUGUCUCCUGAGGGGCCUGCAGUCUCACUUGAUUCCUAUAACUGGGCCCUUGUAUUUAUUGCCAUGUUGGUUGACAAUUUCUUAUAUCCUGUUUCCGCAAUACGAUCUCAUUUUUCUCAGUCUAUCAACUGGUCUGGUGUCCGGUACCACUUGAAGAAUGGGAAGAUAAGCAAGAUCGACAGAAGGAAGGACUCUGGUUUAAUUUUUUCAGAUCUGGGAGGAAAACAUCUAUACGGGAAGAGGGGAGCUCCUCCCAGAAACUCAUUACUUGGCUCUUUGGCAAGAAGUUUGGCGCAGUGGCACCAACCCAAGAAAUUCGAUGUUUAGCAAGGCCUUAGGCCCAGGUCAUUCUUUUUUCCCUUUUGCCUUUUGUUUAGGAGAUCCAGUUUUCCCCCCUUUUUAAUUCUUAUUCUUGUUCAAGCAAUUCAAUUCUUCAGCUUCAACCCUUAUUUGGACUGGGUUGAUUUUGUAUUGUCAUUGAUUGUAACCUUUUUGAUUUAUAUAAUCAUUGUACUGCCAUUGAUUGUAAUCUUGUGAUUAUAUAUAAUCAAAAUUUUCAUUUGAGA